UCUGUUGUUCGGAAGUCGCGUAACUUUAAUAACCACGUUCCGAGCGCAACAGUUCAAAUCGUCCGUACGGCAUCGAAGUUUCAAGUUUCCCGUUCGAAACGAACGCCGAAGCUCUACUCCGGCCGUCAUCGGACCGUUUCGACCUCGAGAGGCCUCCACCGGGCAGGAAACCUCGCACUCGAGUCUAAUAUUCCUAGCGCAUCGUUGCAGCGCACUGCGUCACGAGGACUUCGAAUUGUCGCGCGCAAUAGUAAAUGAUACAAUUGAACGAUACAACCGAACAACAGUGACCGAAUGUUCGUAAUUUCAUUUGAUGCAAUCGAGCUCCUUGACUGACACAUGAGUGGGAAAAUAGACGGACGGAAUGUUGAAAUGGAAAACUAAGGUACAACGUUGGAAGAGUUAAGGAAUUUUGAUCUCUCCUCUUUAUCCGUUCGCCUAAUCGCUCCGCUCGAAAACGCGGUAUCUUGAAUGUCGAUCUCCUCUUUUAUUCCCGCCGACCAGUCACCGCCGGCAGAGAUCGCGCGAGCAUCGAAUAUCGGUCUAUGCGUUAUUUUCAGAAUUCAGAACGCUUAGGCCUAUAGGUUUUGAAAAUGACGAAUUCUUAUCCUCUUCUGUGAAUCCCAAGCUUGUCUUCGUAUUCGGGAUCUAAUGGAACCUUUAUUUGAUUUAUUGAAUAUAUUUAAGAGUGUAUUAGAAUGUACUAGCAGAGUAACUCGUAGCUCGUAGUGCGCAUGGGUGAAGAAUCCCACGACGUGUCCAUCACUGGUCGGCGUGGCCGUGCGUGUGUGUAACUGUAGCCAACUGUGUCGGCCAGUGACUCCGUGUAACGAAAUGUAUAUCGCUUCUAUUUCCCGUUUUAGGUGAAAUUAAUAUACCGAGAAGCACGUUUGUUUGUGUACAUUUAAUCGUAUUUAACUCGAAGCUUGGAAUUUGUAACUUGCCAAAUGAUACUUUGAGGUAUGGAGAACAUAUCAAUGAAACUGACGAGCAAGAUUAACAUAUAAUGCGUACGCUUAUUAGUAAAACGCCAGUACAGCGCGUUGAUGACAAGAGUUAUUAGGAUGAGAGGCAUCGUCAAUAUAUUGAAAAUUUUUAUUGCUUUUUUUUACGACUACGCACGAGGAUUAACGUAUACUAUUACCACAAUUUUGGUCCUUGCUUACUGUUUGCACCCAGCUCGGUUCGCUUCGCAUUACACGUACAUAAAAGCGGAGGAGAUUUACGAUGAGAUGGAAAGAUCUUAUCCAGCAAGAGAUAACUCGUGCACAAUCAUGCUUAACGAACGAAGAUCUCAGUUACUUUAUCCCGAGGAAUAUCCUCGAGAAGACCCCGUGGUGAUGGCACGACGCUUAGGUAUAUUACCUGGAGGACAAUGGAAACCUUUAAAUUGUCAUCCUCUCUUCAAUGUGGCCAUUAUUUUACCAUAUAGAAACCGGCAGACACAACUUACUAUCUUCAUGAGUUACAUCCAUCCAUUUCUGCAAGCACAGAACCUGGACUACAGGAUAUUUGUAAUAGAACAGAGUCCUAUGCGCGAGUUCAAUCGUGCCAAGCUCUUUAACGUUGGAUACGCAGAGGCUACCAAAGUGAAUGAUUUUCAUUGCUUCAUCUUUCAAGACAUAGAUCUCAUACCACAAAAUCCUGACAAUAUAUAUGCUUGUACCACAAUGCCCAGGCAUAUGAGUUCGAGUGUGAAUACCUUCAGAUAUAAUUUACCUUAUACCGGUCUGUUUGGAGGUGCAAUCGCACUGACCCGCAAGCAAUUCGAGCGAGUCAAUGGAUUUUCCAACGUUUUUUAUGGAUGGGGUGGAGAGGAUGAUGACUUCUAUAGUCGGUUACAAUCGAGAGGCUUUCAAAUUACACGUUUUGGACCUGACAUUGCUCAAUAUUAUAUGUUAACUCACAAGAAGGAAGCCCCCAGUAGCGCAAGAUUUCAAAAUCUCGAGAAUAGUGCUAGAAGGUAUGAUACUGAUGGAAUCAGUAACUUGGAAUAUAGGGUUCUGAAUCAUCAGCUAAGGCCCCUGUACUCGUGGAUUUUAGCAGAUGUUUAGUUCCGAUGUGUCCUUUUUUAGUCGAAUAAAGAAAUAUUUAGAAGAUAGAACACAGCCAUCUUUUUCGUAUUCGAAAGAUAUUGUAAAUUGUAUACAUGUAGUAAAUGUAUUUAUAAGUUCGGUUCCUGAUUGCAUUUAUAUUUCAUAAACUAAUUAGUUUCUCAAGCGAAUGACGCAGCUUCAAUGGUACAAAACUCCUUUACGUGUAUAUACGGAUAGAUCAUAGUUUAUUCCUGUAGGAUUAUCAAAGAAAAGAUCAAAGUACCCACCGAACAAUAUGAAUUUCUUUGAAAUUGUGAUAUCGUUGAGUUUGUUCUCGAACUAGAAGAAGCAAUGUAUAAUUUAAUUCGAAUUUAUACAUUUGUUACGUGUCAUAUACUUGUUAAUGUACAUUUAAGUGAAUAAUUGAUAGUAUCUUAACAUCUUAUUUAUUUAAAGAGACGAGUAGUACGACUGUGUUGGAAGCAAUAUAACAUCGCGAGUAUUUUAAUAUUUUAAUUGAUCAUUUAUUACAUCGAUUUUGCAUGUAUAAUUAAAAAAAUAAUAAUAAAGCGUACGAAUGAUUGUAGAAAUGUGUAUGUAUAGCGAAGAAUAUAUGACUUUCAAAAGUACAGGAUAAACUGUAAUACAAGUAAAAUUGAUGUAUACAUGUAUGAAUAUAAAUACAAUUAUCUUUCUAUUUCUAUUUUCUAUAUACAUAUACAUGUAUAUGAAAUAUGUGUAUAUAUAUGUGUGUGUACACGUAUGCGUGUACGUGAAAUAUGAUUAUAAAGGAAUUGUGAAAAUUAAUCCAAAUCGACAGAAAUAUGCGAUGUAGCCGAGUUUAAUUACAUUGGGUAAUAAUUAAAAUUGCAUGGAUCAAUUUAUUGUUUAACGAAGCAUCAUGGAAUUUAAGUUAAAUGAUACGACGAAAUUCCAGAAGCUGUAAGCUCUGAUUGUAGAAUAAAGAACGUCGCUUUCUCGUUUCA